AUUCAAAGCCAGACGACUCCAAAAGCUCUGGAUAGCUUCUAGCAAGCAUGGCUGUCUCUGCUGCUCUAGCUGUUACCACCGCAAAGACUCAUACCCGUCAAUGUUUUUUUGCUAAAGCCUCCUCUUACGAACCCACUUCUUCUUCUUCAUGUUCUUUUUCUUCAAAGGCUAACAACGAUGCAAAACUUUCUUUGGCUUCAAAGUUUGUAAACAAGAAGUGUGUUUUGGAUGUGGGAAUUGGGCUUUUAGCAGCUUCGGUUGUGUGUUUUUCACCUUUGGAUGCUAAUGCCACAAGAAUUGAGUACUAUGCCACUGUGGCAGACCCUCCUUGUGACCUCAACUUUGUUCCUUCCGGGCUUGGUUUUUGUGAUGUUUCAUCUGGGUCUGGUGAGCAAGCUCCUUAUGGUGAGCUUAUCAAUGUUCACUACACUGCAAGAUUUGCUGAUGGGACAGUCUUUGAUAGCACCUAUAAACGCGGUAGACCUCUCACCAUGCGCAUUGGUGUUGGCAAGGUCCUUAAGGGAUUGGAUCAGGGAAUUUUAGGAGGUGAAGGAGUACCUCCAAUGGCAGUAGGAGGAAAACGUAAGCUUCACAUUCCUCCACAGUUGGCAUAUGGGCCAGAACCUGCAGGAUGCUUCUCAGGUGACUGCAAUAUACCUGGCAAUGCUACUCUUGUCUAUGAUAUUAAUUUUGUCGGUAUCUACUCGGGAAAUAGAAAAUGAAGGUGGCCAAAUUCUUUUGAUAAAAAAUAAUUGGGAAUCCCCUGAGUGACCAGGGGGAAACUUUCACAUUGUUGGGUAGAAAUUGAGGUGGGAAUCCAGGAAUUAAAGGUAGGCUUUCCUUUUGUACACCUGGCUUGCCAAUCUAAAAUCAAAUUCUGUAUUUGAUCUGAUCUUUCCUUGAAAUAUUUUACAUAGAAAUUGGUAAUGAUCAGCAACUAAGUUCCUUAUGUAAUGUACAAGUUUCUGAGAACAUGUAAAUUAUUAUCUAUGUACACCAUUCUCUCAUAAACGAAACAGUUAAAGAACAUGUAAAUUAUUAUCUAUGUACA